AAAGUCACCCGAGAACUGUGAGACCAAAGACGCAAUCGUUUUAGAUUGAUAGAAAAGCCAGAGCUCAAUUCAAUUAACACGUUAUACUAAACACAGACAUUUUCUCAACGUUUGUUAUCUGCCGAAAUAAACGCGACCUGACUAACAUAAAGAAGUACGUAAUAUAUGCUGCUCAUUAUACAAACGAUUUCAAGUGUUCCUCGUGAGCCGUCAGCAUGUAACACGUUUUCAAUAUAAGCGAACCGAAGGUCUUACGUACUGAAUUUGGACCGUAGUUUAUUUAAACAUUCAGCGAAGAACAGGCAAAAUAGCCCAAAUAAUCUGUUAAUAAAUGGCAAUAAAUUUGAAAUUGUAAAUGGACAACGAUAUGCAUUUUGAAAUUGAUAAGAGCCAGCAUGAAACUCGAAUGCAAGAAGAAAUUCGACGGUGUAGUAGAACGAAAUAAUGCGAAGAAGAACUCGGAGACUGAGUCAGUUUUUCUUUUAGUUUAACGAGACGAGCUCGGCUUUUGACUGGGCGUUGGAGACUUUCAAUUACGUGUUUCCUUGGCAAUUUCGAUGCUACUUGUUGUUGGGAAUUUUUUUCAAACGCUAAUUGCGCCACGUUUCCCGCACCACUGACCCGUUCGGCUUAAAUUACUUUUGUUAACACGAGAGUUCUCUCGCUUCUGAACGACUCGGUCGCAUGCAUAAUGUAAUGAGCGAAAAUGAUUUCGAAACUGGACGCGCGUAUAUUUUACAGAGAUUAUCUUUUUUUUAGAUGCAAUCACGAUGCACCUCGUAAAACGGUUUCGGUACGUGGAAAGAAAAGUUCCAUUUUAAUUAUUUCCUUUUGAACCUUCGAUAUUAACGCACCUGUUUAUUUACGUUUUCAUUCGGAUUUCAAUUAACGUGUCUUUUAUAACGAACUCUCUUCCCGCCGGAUAAAGAAACGAGCAAGCACCUGAGAACGUUGUUAAUCAGGUGUAAACAUGAAAAAAAUAACUUGGAAUUAUGCUUGUCCAAUAUAAAACAUGUUUUAUAUCGUGUAGCUUGUAUACGCCUGGAUUUUGUUUAACACGUGUACAAUUUGCAGGCGAAAUUUUGUCCAAUUUCUUUAAUUAAAUCGUCGUCUUGAGACAAGAUUUAGUACCUGUCUACUAACACCUCGAAGUAUCUUCUUUGGCCCUUAGGCCUUAGGUUCAGAUGAAAGUUCCAUUCAAACUAAAAAUAAUAUAAACUCUGAUGCACGAUGUCGUAAAGUGAACUCUUUUAACGAACAAGUGGCUGAAGAUUUUGACAAGUGGAAACACGGCUCGGCUUGACGUCUCCAAAAGCUCCUGGCAAGUUGUCAAGCCGCGAACAAAACGUUAUCUCCUUCCUAGCACUCUCGCUUGAGCCAGCAGAAAGCUACAUAUAUUUUCGUAGCUCACGUAGUAUCUGGUUGACAAGAGAUAAUGUUAAUGGAGGGAUUCGUCCGCCGGUUUAUAGAGCCUUGAAGAAAGCCGCUCGAGGAUCCGACGAUAAAGCUUUUUAAGAGAACUACAGAACACACUUGAAUCUCGUGCCUGCUAAUUCAAUCAGUUUUAUCUAGUGUCUGUCUGAGGAUUGCAAACGAGUUGUUAGAAAUUUAACCAUAUGUCUUUACAUCUUCAUCUGCAAUUUCAAGUAAUGUUUGUCUUGCUUUAACUUAACAUAUUUGCAUUAUCGAAUGCAAUAUUCCGUGAAUAAACUGGAACAUUUCUGAAUCGAGAAAUGUACAUAUUAUUUAUCAGAGCAGCUGAAGAAGCUUUUAUCAGAUUCUUAAGAAAUCUCAGUAAUUCUUCGGCGCAAGCUUUAAGGAUGCUAAUGAACCAGAAUUGCUUACGUAAUUGGAAGAAGUCCAGAAUCAAACGCGCACCGCAAGGAAGUCCCUUAAAGGGCGAUUCGAAGUGCACUGAUUGCAGAGUCUUAUUUUGUCGAAAGGGAGUACCUUAAAACGUGUCUCGUUCGCUUUUAAUGAACGCGUUAAAUGUAGUCGGAAUGAUCUUUCGACACAUUGAACGAUCUCAACUGUUGGCUAUAACAUGGAUAAAAAUUUCUUGUUAGUCCAUGUACGGAUCAACUAUUUUUGUUCGUUAAAAAUUAUCGGUGAUAAGAAAUUGCUUUCGGCGACCAUGGUGUAAUUUUCCUAUGUCGAGGUACGUUUCACGUGUUCUAAAUCGCUCGGUUAUCACAAAUUUAUUCUGUCAGAGAUAGUACAAGGAAUAUUAUAGAAAUAUGUUGUAGAAUGUUUCGUAAGAAAUAUUGCCAGCACUUAAGCGACAUUGUAAAGAAUUAAGCUCAGCCAUAAAUAAUCUAUAUACGUAUUGUAAUAAAAAUAAAAUGCAAAGACUGUUUGCGUAUACAAGCGAUUAAAAUAAAUGAUUGGCGAAAAAAAGAUUGGCCGAUUAAUCUCGAGGUGCGGAGGAACCUCGUGCGGUAAUCGAAGUGAAUCAGGGUAUCGAGAACGAGUUUAAAGGAGCGUCGGGACGCCCGUGCCGCGUCAAGGUGUAGGUGCAACACAAUCAAAGCAUUUAGAGCGACCUUCUGGCCGAGAAGUAGCUUCUGCAGAGGGUUCGAAAGUUGGUGAGGGUAGCGGCUGCUUGAAUGGCAGCGGAGAGUCAGUUUGUCUAGAGACUGCACGCGGUGCGUUCGCUUGUCUAAUGUCAGUGUGAAUCUCGCUCACGAAUUUUCGUAUCUCGCGUGUGUCAAACGUCGAUCUGUUUAAAGAGUGUCCGGACAGUGGAGAUUUACAUAUUUACAAGAUCUUUUUGCCAUCUGAAAUUUGUACGAGAAUGUAACUCCGUCGUUAGUUCAGUGAUCUCAGAUGUGUUAAUAAAUAAUAGGUGUGAAUUUACAUUUGUCGAGUCUUCAAGAGAUAUCAAGACGUGCAAUGAUGUCAUACGAAUAUCCUCAUCCGGUUUCCAGGACCUAUCAGUAUAAAAAAAUAACGAAACCAUUAUUGGAAAGAAAACGACGAGCUCGCAUAAACAAAUGCCUUGACGAGUUGAAAAACCUCAUGAUAGAUGCAUUGGAGACGGAGGGGGAGGACAUCAACAAGCUGGAGAAAGCGGACAUACUGGAGCUGACCGUGCGCCAUUUACAGAGGCUGCAGGGAUCCCAAGCAUCUUCCGGUUUCACGAGAACCGCGAGUGACGAGAUUUCGGCCGAGGCUCGAUGGAUCUCUGGUUUUGGCCACUGCGCAGCUGAAGCCUACAGAUUUCUCUCGGCGCUUCCAGGUGAAGGCGCGGAAAAGUUAGCCAGGCACCUCGCAGCUGGCCUGCAGAAGAGUUACCGUACGAAUUCGACGUUAAAGACGAACUUGCUGACACAAAUCUUGGCAAGUUUGGACCUUACCACCGAUCCACUGGCUUCCUCGAUUUUAAACGCAAAUAUUAACAGUGCAGAGGCAACUGAUCAAAAUCCUACGAUGCACAAUGAAACCAUUUGUGAGAGAGUCGCAGUUGACAUCGAUGAAACAAUUUCUGCUGACAAUAGGAAAGAUUUAAGUGCAUGUGCUUCUGAAACGAAGGAUUUUAAAGAGGGACAAAUAGCGAAGAAAGUGAAGGCAGAAAUCAAGAUCGAAGAUGACGAGGAAAUUGACGUGGAACGUGUUGAUGAAGCUGAUCCUAUGUGGAGACCUUGGUAGCUUCAGGACUUACUCAAGUUUUAUAAUUAUAUCAGAAAAUUAGAAUAAAGUAUUCGUUGUUCGAAUAAGUGAUACGAUGAUAGCAUAGGAUUUUUUCAACUAAUAAAACUACUCUAAACCAAUAGAUUUAAUUUAAGUGAUAAGCUUGCAAAUGUAAAGAUCAAAGAUAGUAUUACUGUAAGUUUUUCAAAAAAUUUCCUACGUUGUUAAAAUUCGUAUUAAGUUUUCAUAUGUAUUAGUAUUAUUAAUGGUUUAA